AUGCGCCUCGCCGGAACAUUCCUCACAGCAGCGGCUGCCAUCACCGGCGCCGCUGCUGCCCCUGGCACAACCACCCUCGGUCCCCGCCAGCAGUCCUCCACCAUCACCGUCGACCUCACCCGCACUUUUCAGAAAAUGGAUGGCUUCGGCUUCAGUCUCGCCUUCCAGCGCGCCAAUCUCAUCACGAACAUGUCUGACAAGACCAAGCAAAAGGAGCUCCUCGACCUCCUGUUCAACCGCACCACCGGAGCAGGCUUCACCAUCCUCCGCAAUGGCAUUGGCUCCACACCCAACAGCAACUCCGACUUCAUGAACACCAUCGCCCCUCGCAAUCCGGGGGGCCCAAGAGCUACGCCCCAGUAUGUCUGGGACGGCAAAGACAGUGGCCAGCUCUGGGUAUCCCAACAAGCCGUCCAGCAAUACCGCGUGAAGCAGAUUUACGCCAGCUACAUGAAAACAAACAACAACGACGCCAACGGCGGCACCCUCUGUGGGGUCCCGGGAGCAUCAUGCUCAUCCGGAGACUGGCGACAGGCCUACGCCGACUACCUGGUAGCUUACAUCAACAUGAGAUCAGACGGGAACCAAGCAGCCGACUUUAUCAAGAUCCUCUACCCAACCCUCGAAGCCGCCAACCUGACCAGCCAACUCGGCAUCGCCUGCUGCGAGACGAUGGGCUGGGGCAGCGCCGUCAACAUGAUCAACUCGAUUCGCUCUCAAGGGCAAGAAGGAAGGCUCAAGACUGUGACGAGUCACACUUAUACUGGUGGACCGUCAAGCCCGCGGAAUAGUCGGAACCCUGUUUGGUUUUCUGAGCAAUGUGAUUUGAAUGGGCAGUGGACGACGUCUUGGUACAGCAACGGCGGUGCAGGGGAGGGCUUGACCUGGGCGAAUAACGUAUAUUCUGCGGUCGUGAACUACAACGCGUCGGGGUACCUCUACUGGGAGGGGGUUCAGUGGCCCAACCCCAACACCAACGAAAAGAUCAUCCGGGUGGACAACAGGACAAACACUUAUGAAGUCUCAAAAAGGCUCUGGGCGUUUGCCAACUGGAGCAGGUAUGUCCGGCCGGGGGCGGUCAGGGUUGGUACGUCGGGGGGUAGCGGGCUGAGGACGGCGGCGUUUAGGAACGAGGAUGGGACGAUUGCUGUCGUGGUGAUUUCUACCACGGGGAGUGCGGUGAAUGUGAGUGUUCGGGUUAGUGGAGGGGGGACGCCGAGUUAUGCGCAGGCUUUUGUGUCGGAUAAUACUAGGAAUGCGGCGAGCACGCCGGCGACGUUGGGGGCGGACGGGACGGUGAGUGGGCAGGUGGCUGCGAGGAGUAUAACUACGUUUUUUAUACUGCCUGGGGCGAGGAAGUCGUGA